CUUCGUCCUGAUGAUUCUGGUGGUCUUUCUGUGCCUGUUGCUUCUGAUCCUCUUGGCUCUGAUCCCUUUGCUCCUCAAACGAUCCAAGAAAAAGGAAGAAGAACAGAAGAAGCUGGCGGAGGAGGAGCAGGACAUGAAAGAGGAGUCGGAGGAAGAGGAGGGAGAAGAUCAUCUCACGUCAUCCAGGAAGGGGACGGUAAAAGGGGAGGAAGAGGGAGAGGGGGAAAAAAGAUGAAGCAAGUGGGACGGGGAGAAAAGAGGAAGCAAA